GUUAAGGUAAAAGCAGGCUCUUUUGGUGUGACAUCACUUCGUCUUGCUUGACUGGAAACCAGAGGCGAGGUUUAGGGUUUGGGGAACAAGUCCAGGAAGCUGCGUCCACUGAUAACACAGAAAACGACUGUACUGUAUGGUGUCAAGCCAUACACGCCCUAAGUCCUGGACAUGGCAGGUCUCUGUGGUCUCAAGAUCCUGCUGCUCUGGGCUGGGAUCAUCAGUUUAGCCAACUGUGAAAAUACAACAACAUCAACAGAUGUUUCAACCCUCUUACCUCCACGCACCACCACAAAUUCCACUUUAUCUACAAUGAAGAGCUUAUCUGUCAACACCUCAACUCCACGCACCACCACAAAUUCCACUUUAUCUACAAUGAAGAGCUUAUCUGUCAACACCUCAACUCCACGCACCGUGACAACAGCUACUGUCACGCCUUCAGACACCUCAACUACUGCCCACAAACCUCCACUCACCUCACCAGCCAUCACCUCAAACUCCUCAAGUCCAACGCCCAAUUUAACCCACACGACCGCCAUUGCUUCUCCUGCAAGCACCAGUCCCUCACCCAAACCAAGCACGCAAACAAACUCUCAGACAAACGCCACUCAAAACCAGACUUCACCUGCAAUCACCACGCCCAACACCACAGUCACUUCCACAACCAAAGCCCCCACACAAGACAAUUCAACUCAACACUGUUCUUACACAGUCAAACCCGUGGAGUUUGGCUUCCAGGUUAACAUGUCAAUGAACUCUACCACUGCCACCUACACCAUCAACUUUAAAGAAGAGGGCACAUCGGGCAUACCUAUCUAUCAGUCCUUCAGCCAAAGCCCUCAUGAAAUCAAACACCUGAAGCCCUGUACUGAAUAUAAGCAUAAUGUGGCGUUUACCAAUAGCGCUGGCAAACAAACAACUUGUGAAUCUGAAAAUAUAACUAAAACAAUGAAUAUGAGUCUAAAUGACGUUAAAGAAUACAACUCGAAGUCUGGAUAUGUUUGUUACUGGAGUAACUGGGACAUCGGUUCUUCACUGUCAACAUCAUAUAAUACUUCAUUUGAUCCAUGGCAAAGUGUCAAUAACACCUACUGCUUGAAACCUCGUUACAAUGACACAUGCACAAAUUUAACCUUCACUAUAGCAAAGUGUGGGAAGCCCUUUCAAUUCAUCAAAAGCAUCACUGUUGAUUUCUUAGAUCCAAGUAAAAUAAAUCACACGGUUCCAACUAAACUUCCUGGAAAAAUAGAACCACAAUUACCUCCAAACUGCAAAACUCUCACCAUUGAUUACACCUGUCAGGGUGGACUCAAUAAGACAAAGGAAUGGUCCGAACUGAAGCCCUUCACAAACUACAGCUGUACUGGUCAGAUUAAGGACAACAAUGUUACCAUAAAAAACACGACUAUUGUCAAGUUCAGGAUUGACUGUGAUCUCAACAUAGGCGAUGACUUCCCAAAGGAAGUCAUCACCAAUACCUCCAUUGAGUUGACUUGGAAGACAACCAGUGUGAAGUGUGGAGAUAUCCUUCAUGAUCUUAAGAAUCUUUCUUAUGACUGCAGUUGUCAUGAACAAUCUUCCGUCAAUCGGAAACACAGUAUUUCAGUUAACGCAAAUCCAUCAGGAGGAACGUGUACUAUUCCAGGACUGGAUCCAUACACCGACUAUUCCUGUGAAGUCCAACCCAAAUACAACAACAAGACCGUUACCAACCCAACUAGAGUUUAUCACAAAACUAAGGCUGGAAUACCAGCAGGAAUUACUCAACUGAAGGUGGUACUUCCAGAGCAUAACGUGAUAAGAGUAACUUGUGCUGAUGAAAAACCAUUGAAUGGGCCUGAGAAGGAGCAACUCUUCAUGGCACGUCUUCAUGGUGACUGGUUGUCCAAGACGGAGUGUGACUUUAAUUUCGAAGACCUAUAUUACUCAACGGAAUAUAUAGUGGAGGUGAAGGUUUGCAAUGGAGUAUUUUGCAGCGUGCCCAGGGCAACAUCUGCUCGCACUUCCUAUAAUGACAAAGCUGUCAUUGGGUUUCUGGUCUUCCUCAUCAUCCUUACGUCUGUGGCUCUGCUUCUGGUCAUCUACAAGAUUUACAUUCUGAAGCGCAGAAAGUCCCAUGACCUGGGUGAAAACAUGAUGCUUAUUUCUACAGCAAAUGACGAGGAGAACCUAAUGCCUGUCGAGCCAAUUGCAGCCGAGGUCCUGCUGGAAGCUUACAAGAGGAAGCUCGCUGAUGAGGGCAGACUUUUCCUGGCAGAGUUUCAGAGCAUCCCCAGAAUCUUCUCGAGGUACAUCGUGAAAGAGGCCAAGAAACCCUGUAAUGUCUCCAAGAACCGCUACGUGGACAUCCUGCCAUAUGACUAUAACCGUGUCCAGCUGACCACCGGAAAUGGAGAGACAGGAUGUGACUACAUCAAUGCCAGCUUCAUUGAUGGGUACAAGGAAUCCAAAAAGUACAUUGCAGCUCAAGGGCCGAAGGAUGAGACUGUGAGUGACUUCUGGAGGAUGGUCUGGGAGCAGCAGUCCUCCAUCAUUGUCAUGGUAACACGCUGUGAAGAGGGAAACAGGGUCAAGUGUGCGCAGUACUGGCCGUCUCCAAACCGGGAGACAGAGAUCUUUGAGGAGUUUAUCGUGAAGCUGAACUCAGAGGACCAUUGUCCGGAUUACACCAUUCGCCAUCUCAGCCUAUCUAAUAGGAGGGAGAAGAACUCAGAGAGGGAGGUGACCCACAUCCAGUUCAUGAGCUGGCCGGACCACGGCGUCCCCGGGGAGCCACAUCUCCUCCUGAAACUGAGAAGGCGUGUCAAUGCUUUCAAGAAUUUCUUCAGCGGUCCCAUCAUCGUUCACUGCAGCGCGGGAGUCGGCAGGACAGGCACCUACAUUGGCAUCGAUGCCAUGAUGGAGGGUCUGGAGGCGGAGGGCAGAGUGGACAUCUACGGCUACGUAGUUAGACUCCGCAGACAGAGAUGUCUCAUGGUUCAAGUCGAGGCCCAGUACAUCCUGAUUCACCAGGCGCUGCUGGAGCACAAUCAGUUUGGAGAGACUGAGAUCACUGUGUCUGAGCUCCACAGCACAGUGAGCACGCUAAAACAAAGCAGCUCAGGAAAUGAACCCACCUUAAUGGAGGACGAGUUUGAGAGACUCCCCGUCUAUAAAAACUGGAGGACAAUCAACACAGGGACCACAGAAGAGAACAAGAAGAAGAAUCGCUCUUCAUCUGUCAUCCCAUAUGACUACAACCGAGUGCUGCUGAAGCAAGAUGAAGGACGCAGUCAUGAUAGUGACCCCAGUGAGCAAGAUGAAGAAGACUCAUCAGAUGAGGAGAAUGAGGAGUCCACUAUAUACAUCAAUGCCUCCCACAUAGAUGGAUACUGGGGUCCACGCGCCUUCCUCACAGCGCAGACUCCCCUGCCAGACACCAUGGCUGACUUCUGGUCGAUGGUUUACCAGAAGAAAGCAUCUACUAUUGUCAUGUUCUCAGACUGCAGUGAGGGAGAUAAGGAGUCGGACUGUGCCUACUGGAAUAAAGACAAGAAAAUAUUCGGGGACAUUGAGGUGGAACUGGCAAGCACGGACACCUACCCAGCUUUCAUCAGCCGCAACAUGCUGAUACGUCACGUCAAGAGGAAAGAGAGUCAGCCAGUGAAACAGUUCCAGUUGCUGAAGUGGGCGAGCGGCGAGCUGCCGGAGAAAGCUCAAGAUCUCACGGACAUGAUCAAGGAGAUCAAGCACAGCUGUGGCGGCAGCAAAUCACAGAGGAGCAUGCCCAUUGUGGUCCACUGCAAUGAUGGCUCAUCCCGUUCAGGGAUUUUCUGCGCUCUGUGGAACCUGCUGGACAGCGCUGAGACUGAGAAGCUGGUGGAUGUUUUCCAGGUGGUCAAAACCCUACGCAAGGAGAGACAAGGCAUGCUCUCCCACCUGGAGCAGUACCAGUUCUUGUACGAGGCCCUGGAGGGGGUCUUCCCUCUCCAGAACGGGGAAGUGAAAGCAGUACAGCCCUCUGCAGGCGACUCCGUCCAGGUUGUCAAUGAAACCAAAGCAGCAGAGCCGCCAGCGGAGGAGAAGGUUGAGCAGCCAACCAGCACUACCAGCAACAGCCAGCAUGCGGCAGCAGAGAGCACUCCUCUUGUGGCUGAUGGAGAACCUGAAACAGAGACAGUACCACUAGAGGACCCCAGCAACGCUGCCACUGUCACUGUGGAGGUCUGAGAGGGCUGGCUGGUGGUUGUGCCUUUUACUUUUGGGAAUAAGCGCUUUAGUUGAAUGCUUUCUUUUAAUUACUUAACAGUAUGAAUGUAUAAACAUUGUAAAGCUUGUUGUGUUGACAUUUGUUAAAGAAUUUGAUCAAAAUUAUGUCAAUUUCCAAAAAUAUGAUUUUUCUAAGUUAUAAAUAUUUUUAGCAGAAAAGUGUUAAGGAUGCAAAUAAUAACUUCUGUGAGCAACGUUAACCAGAAAUGCUGUCAUCAAACUAGGGGCCUUCGUGGGAGAUUUUAAAUUAUACCUACAAUAUAAGUGCAUGUUGAGUUUGAGUUAGUGUCUGUAUUUUUUUCCUCCCUGAAUAAACAGAUUUUAACAUCUACAGUUAUAAACACACACACACACACACACACACACACACACACACAUAUAGUCAUUCAGUUCAAAAUUUGUCAUAUGACACUGUGUCAUUUCAUAAAAAAGACACAAAAAAGUGCUUUUUAUGUUGAAUAUAUGCAUAUUAACAAUAAAGUUUCAUUUUUUCUGCAUA